AUUUCCCAGUUCCAUAUCUGGCUGAGAUCAAGCGUGCCCAAUGGACAGCCCAAGUGGCUUCUUUCUUUAAUCCCAGAUUAUCCCAUGCUCAACUUCAUGCUUACAACUGCGAUUUAUGUCCUGGUGAGCAAAUCUAGUUUCACCCUACCCAAAUUUAUACAGCCGGGGUCAUUGACUUGAUUCAACUUAUUAAUUAAACAUUCUGGGCUGUUGCUUAUGCAGGUAUCCCACGGCUAUUUGAACUAACCAAUGCACUCAAGGCAGUUUUUAUACCCACAAAAGACAACAGGAAGUUGCUUCAUAAUUUUCUUGCUGGGGCUGCAAUGGCUGUGUGCUUGUAUUUGAUUUCAUUUAUUCUUCUUCAGAUCCCUCAGUAAAAGGCCUUAACAAAUCAGACGCCAUAAAGAACGCCUGGGAAGACCGACCUUUCCUGUUGGAUAUGCACCAAAACUAGAUGGACCCAAAUAAAUAGAAAUGCAAAGGUCGUCAUGCUCAAAUGUAGAUGAUGAAGCCAACAAAUUUGCAUGGAAAUUCAGUCUGCAUUCUUGUGCAAGAGCUUGGAAGAAAGUGGAGUUUGCUUCUGGCAGGAUGGCCUGUUGUCGCCGUAAAGAAGUUUUUGUUGUUCAUCACAUCUACUUCUUCCCUGACAAAAUGUUGAGUUAUAUGAUGUAGAUUUGUUGGCUGGGUUAAACAGCCAUUCACUAUAAUGAAUGGCAUUCUUUGUUAGAAUUUUGGUCUCAUUUCUAAGUGUGAAGUUCUACACGGUAUUAUUGGACAA